UCGUGACCUAAUAGUAUCCAUAUCAGCCGAGAAAAAAAAGAAAAAACCCAAUCUUCCCUUCCUCUGAAACCCUCCGCCUCCUCCUCCAUCCCAUCCAUGGCACCAAGACGCGCUUCCCCUCUUGACGUACCGCCGGCGGUUUCUUCUUCCGAGGAAGAGGAAACUUCAUCGGAAGAAGAAGAAACCUCCGAAGAUGCGCAGGUUCAAGCAACCCCCAAACCAACGGUUAUAUCGCCCAACACCAAGAAGACAGACGAUGAUUCCGAGUCCGACGACGAGUCGAGUUCCGAGUCCGAGCCCGCCGACUUGACCGUCCAGCCCUUACCGUCGAAGCCGAUGGAGGAGAAAGGGGCCAGAUCCAAGUCCUCCGUCGCCGCCACGCCGGAGAAAAAGUCGGUGGCGAAGAGGCCGAGAGAGUCCGAGACCACCGCAAAGGACUCGAAGAAGCGGGUGAAGAAGAAGAGCGACCCUGAAGUGCCUCCUCCUGAAGCGGAUGGCGACGGCGGAGGAGCGUCUGAUGAGGAGCAGGAGGAGUCGAAGAAGCCCGGCGGAGACGACUCGAAGAAGCUGUUCCAGAGGCUGGGGAGCGAGGAAGACGAGAUCGUGAUACUGAAAGGUUUAAUCGACUACGCUGCGAAGAGAGGCGGCGAUCCGGCCGCAACGGACAUGUAUGGCUUCCAUUAUUUCAUCAAGAAGUCGCUGCACGUUGAGGUCACGAAGGCGCAGUUAUCCAACAAAGUCCGGAGGUUAAAGAAGAAGUACUCAAACAACGCGGCAAGGAAGAAAUACAACCCUACGAAGCCGCAUGAGCAGAACGUCUUCGAGCUCUCGAAGAAGAUUUGGGGCGGCGGCGGCAGCCGUGCCGGCGCCUCUUCGCCGAAGUCGAACGGCGCUGCAAAGAGUAACGGAAAGGCUACCCUGGAUUUACCUGCAGCUCCGAAAGACGGUUCUAGAAAGAGUGAGAUUGGUGGGAAAUCGAGCGUUUCAGUGCGUUCGAGUGAGAUGAUUAGAUAUGGUAUGAAGAGCUUACCAGAAGAGGUUGUGAAGAAGGGACUCGAUUUGCUUCCGGAAUCGAAGAAAGCCGAGUUGGACGCCAUGUGGAAAAAGCUUCACAUUGAUGAACUGGAGCUUUUUGUAGAGAAGAAUCAGUUGAUGAACGAACAAGUCAAGUUGGUCCUCGAGAAGCUCAAGUCUUCUGAUCAUUAGUGGGUAUUGGUGAGGAACUACCGUUCUCUUAUAUUAAUUGGAGACACAACCGGAAGAUUAAUGAGUUAUGAUCCUCAAAGCGAGCAAGUAGAUGUUUUACUUGAAAAUCUCUCAUUCUCAAAAGGGAGAUUUCCUUUUGAUUGCAGAGACCACGUCUUGCAGGAUCAUGAGGUAUUAUUGG